AUGCGGAAUCUACGAAUCAUCUCCUCUCACUUCUCACGAGGAUUCAAAUCAAUCGAGAGAAACCCAGUUUCCGAUAGAUUGAUCUCGAUCCAAUCCCGGAGAUACUCGUCGCCGGCGACGCAAUCGGAGAAUGUCUCCAAAAUCGUCAACGAGCUCUCGAAUCUCACGCUAUUGGAAACAAUGGAUUUGACUGAAGUACUUAGGCAGAAGCUUAACGUCGGUGAAAUGCCUGUGAUGGCGACGAUGAUGCCAGGGAUGGGAUCUGUAGCCGGUAAAUCCGGAGCCGCCGGUGCCGGGAAAGUACCAGAGAAGAAGGAGGUGACGAAGACGGCGUUUGAUUUGAUACUUGGAGCGUUCGAAGCGGCUUCGAAGCUGAAAGUGAUUAAAGAAGUGAGAUCGGUUACGAAUUUGGCAUUGAAGGAAGCAAAGGAAUUGGUUGAGAAAACUCCUACAGUGUUUAUGAAAGGAGUUAGCAAGGAAGAAGCAGAGAAGAUUAUAGAGAAGUUGAAGGCUGUUGGAGCUAAAGUUUCUAUGGAGUAA